AUGUCUUUAUCGAGGGCCGGAAUUACCUUGAAUGUUGCCAUGACAUACGGCAAAGUAUUCGAUGAUCUGACGGACAAUACAAGUAGCAAACACAACCUCGUCGGUCGUCAAUGUUGUGUACUAUACCUCCCUGAUAAUGUCAAGGGAAUGUGGAGCCAUGGGUAA